AUGGUAUUAAUUUUGACCGUGCCAGUUACUGUAAAUUCUCUAUUAUGUGAUGUGACAAAAGUGGCCUGGAAGAAUGACGUCGGUAACAUAAUAGUAAUAAAUACAUAUGCUGGACAUAACUCUAAAACAAUGACAACUUAUAUUCCUUUCAGCCAAGGAAAGUGUGGUAACUAUAAUCCAAUAACUUUAACAGAAAGUGAAAGUAAAUAUUUUAUCAGAAAGUAUAAAAACUUUCAAGGUUGCCCUGUAAGAAUCACGAUAUUGCAAUACGUGCCUUAUACCAUAUUUAUGACCAAUAAUGGCAGAGUUGUUCACAUUAGUGGAAUAGAUGGAAACAUAUUAAACUUGUUAUUGGAAAGACUGAACGCUUCUAUGGAUAUAGUAGCGUCAGCAGAUCACGGUGGACCUGGAAACUUUACUAACGGUAGUGCAACAGGUUCUUUCGGUGAUCUCGUAAACAACUUAGCCGAUAUCAUGGCACCUGCUAUAAUGCUGCACUUCAAUAGGUAUUCAGCAGCACAGAUAUCAUAUGCUUACAACGCUUUGCACAUCGUCUGGUGUGUUCCGAAGAGGCGCGAAAUUUACGCAUGGGCUAAAGUGUUUCUGCCAUUUUAUACAACAACCACUCCAUUACUUACUUUAUCCUUAUUGCUAUUGAUCGGACGGGUUAAGUUUGUACUUUGGCUUGGAAAAACCAAGAGAAGUUCGAGAAGAUUGAUACGAGCGAUAGUUUUUAAAAUCUUAGGUCUUCUUCUUGGACAGCCAAUUAAAUUUGUGACGGGUCAUUGGUUAAUUAACAGUAUUUUUGUUCUGUGGAUUUGGUUUUGCCUCAUUGUGCGUGUAGUGUAUCAAAGUGAUCUUAUUGAAAGGUUCGAAAAAAAAGUUUUAGAACCACCAUUAAAUACUAUUGAAAAAGCUUUAAGCAACGUUGAAGGACAUGGAGGUUUGUCGGGUUUUAUAGAAUUUUAUCGUAAUACGUGUAUAGAGAAAAACUAUCAACCAUUAACAUUUAAAGACCUACCGGUUUAUAUCAAGAGAGUUGGUAGCGGUAAAAGAUUUCUUUUAGGUACGGAUGUACUACUAAUUAAAUAUUAUAACCAAGAAGUCCAAAUCAUUGAUGACCAUGUGAUAUGGAUUCCAGUAUGCUUUUACAUGCGACCUCGCUGGCCCGCUGCAAACGAAGUCAAAAAUCUCAUAGCUAAAGUGGCUGAAUCUGGCUUCUUAGAUAAAAUAAAACGUGAUUACCAAUCGAAAUGGUCUAAAAUAAAACUUAGUAAUCAAGGAAAUGCAGUGCCUUUAAGGUUAUCAUCGCUUAGUGCCUUGUUUUUCGGUUUAAUAAUGUGGUAUUUUGCUUGCACUGUAGUACUGGGUAUAGAAAUUCUAUAUGAUAAAUAUAAACUUAAAAGCAAAUAA